UAAGGUGAGAGAGAGAAAGUGUGUGUGUGAGAGAGAGAGAGAGAGAGGGAGAGGGAGAGAGAGUGUGUGUGCCUGUGCAUAUGUGUGUGUGAAGGUGGUUUACUUGCUCGCUUGUGUGUGCUGUGCGUGAGAGUUUAUCGAAAAAGCUGGGGGUGUCGUCAGCGGAUGCGCGUGCCAAAGAUGUUUGCGUGUGCAUUUGCUCGGCUCCAGCAGAGGAGAGAGCCCCUAAAUGAGGAGCUACAUCAGCGCACCUGCUUACACAGCUCCCUCCCGUCCGUCUCCUGCGCACAGACCACAGCCAAGCACAGCAGAGAAGAGAGCAGCAGAGUACAGCACUCUACCACAAUCGUCCCCACUACCACUACUUCGCCUUCACUGAGAUGGCUUGUGUCUCGUGUUUUGUGUCUGACGAUUGACUCCAAUUUAAUGGAUUGAGGAGCCGUGUGAGAGACACUUUCUGGACCCUCAAAAGGGGUUGGGGGGACAGCACGCAAGCUUCAAGGACUGGACUUAAGCUGCAGUUUUUAAAGCUGGACUUACAAAAAAAACAAACAGGAUUUUUAAGCUGAAUAAGCUACAGCCGGAAAAACAACUAACGAAAAUAGACACAAACAACCAAAACAGGAUUUCAAGCGUGGGAAUUAACUGACCAUGAAUUUUUCUAUGCACCUCGGACUGCUCCCGAGCUACCUUGACAGGAACCUGAGUCGUUUCCUGGACAAUGACAGCAACACCUCCUUUCCCUCCUCCUCCCUACAAACCUCCUCCUCCUCCUCCUCCUCCUCCUCAUCGGAGGGCUGCUACGAGCAGCUGCUGAUCCCCACGGAGGUCUUCCUGGCGCUGGGCAUCAUCAGCCUGCUGGAGAACAUCCUGGUCAUUGCCGCCAUCUUGAAGAACAAGAACCUCCACUCGCCCAUGUACCUGUUCAUCUGCAGCCUGGCGGUGGCCGACCUGCUGGUCAGCGUGUCCAACGCCUCGGAGACCAUCGUCAUCGCGCUGAUCAACGGCGGCCAGCUCACCAUCCCCGGCCAGCUCAUCAAGAGCAUGGACAACGUCUUCGACAGCAUGAUCUGCAGCUCGCUGCUGGCCUCCAUCUGCAGCCUGCUGGCCAUCGCCAUUGACCGCUACAUCACCAUCUUCUACGCGCUGCGCUACCACAACAUGGUGACGGUGCGGCGGGCGCUGCUGGUGAUCUCGGCCAUCUGGGCGUGCUGCACGGCGUCCGGCGUGCUCUUCAUCAUCUACUCGGAGAGCACCACGGUGCUGGUGUGCCUCAUCAGCAUGUUCUUCACCAUGCUGGCCCUCAUGGCCUCGCUGUACGUGCACAUGUUCCUGCUGGCGCGCCUGCACAUCAAGCGCAUCGCGGCGCAGCCGGGCAACGCGCCCAUCCGCCAGCGGGCCAACAUGAAGGGCGCCAUCACGCUGACCAUCCUGCUGGGCGUCUUCGUGGUGUGCUGGGCGCCCUUCUUCCUGCACCUCAUCCUGAUGAUCACCUGCCCGCGCAACCCCUACUGCACCUGCUUCAUGCUGCAGUUCAACAUGUACCUCAUCCUCAUCAUGUGCAACUCCGUCAUAGACCCCAUCAUCUACGCCUUCCGCAGCCAGGAGAUGCGCAAGACCUUCAAGGAGUUCUUCUGCUGCUGGUGUAGCCUGUCCAGGCUGUGCCUGUGCGAGCUGAUGGGGAAAUACUGAGAUGUGAGCAGGAAGGGAUGUUUUCGGCAGUCUGCUCAGGCUUCGUGAAGCACUGAGACCUGAGCUGCAAGGGAACAACUCCGUCAAAUUUGCAGUGGAAUUUUAAAAUACAGACCGUUAGAUCGACACCCAAGUGUUAAAUGAAGACUUUUCAUAAGGACUUCAGGAGUUCUUCAGCUGUUUUGUGCAGCCUGACCAGUCUAUGCCUGCGUGUGCUGAUGGGGAGAUACUGAUAUAGGAGCUCUAAAAGAAUGGGAGCCACCCUGGCCAGGCUGUGUACAGUAAACUUUGCAGAGUAAAGACCGUCACUAUGGAUGUUAAAUACACUUCUCUUGAGUGUUGAAUUCAUUCUCUAAGUGUUUACUGUGCUGUGUGCCUGUGCGAGCUGAUGGGAAAGUAUUGAGAGAUCUAAAGAUCCAAAGGGAAGGGAACAUUCUCAGCAGUCUGCUCUCCGCUUUGCCUGUGCGAGUUAAUGGGGAAGUACACAGAAACUGAUACGUAAGGAAACAACUCACUCAGUAAAAUGUGCAAUGUUAAGUCAACAUUUAGACAGGAGUUGAAUCAGCACUCAUACUUGUUAGUCCUACUCUCUAAGUGUAAAAUUAAGAUGUGAACAUUUUCAGCAGUCUGUCCAGGCUCUGCCUGUGCGAGUUGAUGAGGAAGUACUUAGAUCUGAGAUCUAAGGAAAGAACAUUCCACAGCCGUCUGCCCCAAGCUAUUUACAGUAAAUUUUGGAGUAACACUCUGAAGUGUUGAAUUCCCUCUCUAAGUGUUGAAUUAACUGUACUGCACUGUGUGAUUGUUUGAGUUGAUGGGGAAGUACUGAGAUCUGAGGAAGAAACGCUGCCCGAAAUCUAUUCACACUCUGCCAGUCUCUGGCAGAUGAUAGGUACUGAACAGGGCCGGUGACAGCUCUAGCUGGGCCGGGACAAAAUCAUCUGAAAGCCCCCCCUGAAAUCUGAGACCUACGGAAGGAGCAUUUCCCUGCGCUGUCUGUGUGGGGAAGGUAUGGGAAGGUACUGACAUCUGAGGAGGGGACUGUCCCAGGCCAACAAGGUAGAUGAAGCUGUGGAAUUUGUUUUCUUGUACCUGUGUGUAUGUGUGCCAGUAUGCGCCUGUGUGUGUGUGUGUGUGUGUGUGUGUGUGUGUGUGUGUGUGUGUGUGUGUGUGUGUGUGUGUGUGUGUGUGUGUGUGUGUGUGUGUGUGUGUGUGUUAGGGCUGGGACGAUUAAUCGACUAUAAAAAUUAGUCGACAAGAAUUUUCGUAGUCGACUAAUGGUUUCAUUUAAUUCAAUGCUUUUUUACUUACUUUACUAAUGCUUUAUUACUUAAUUGAAACCUAAAACUGCCCAGUAGGUAUGAAUUGGAAGCUCAUUGUGAGCUCAGGGACAUAAUUUUAAUGAUUUCUUUCUUUUUUCCCCAAUUUCCUUGAAGAUUAAAGUGCUAAAGUACUUGAAAAAAUAAUCGUUUGACUAAUCGACUAUUUGAAAAAAAUAGUUGAUGGAUUAAUCGGGAGAAAAAUAAUCGUUUAGGACAGCCCUAGUGUGUGUGUGUGUGUGUGUGCGCGCGCCUGCGUGUCUAUCUUUUUUCUUUUUUUUUUAAGAGUUUCACAUCUUUUUUUCUAUUUCACAUUCAUACACACAGAAAAAAUUGACUGACCAAAAUGUUCGUCCUGCAAAGACACAAAUAAGGAAGCUGUAUCGACAUGUGGAACAGGCACCAUACACUUUCAGGUUGUGGACCAUAGCUGUGGACCAUAGCUCUGUCCGUGGAGCUCAGGAGAAUCGAGGUGUACAUUUUGUGAAUAUAUUUAUAUGACAAGCAAGGUAACAAACAGGACCCCUAUGAAAGCGGUGUGUGCGUGUUUGCCUAAUUGCUGAACAAUUCAGAGGUGGAAAUAUCUAAUUACAUGACUCAGGUUGCUGAGGUAGGCUUGCGCACACACACACACACACACACACACACGCACGCACGCAUGCACACGCGCACGCACAGGCACACAAAUGCAGUGACUGCCUGAGCAAACGCAACCUCAAGCUUUCCUGGAGCCUUGCACAUAUUGCAAAACAUGCACAGAGAAAU